CAUAAUAUUAAUUAAGUCUUUUGUAUCGCAUCAAAAUAUUAGCCAUUUUUCUGUUAUCGUUAAUAAUUUGUACCUCAUUUUUUAGUUGAAACACUAAAACUUUCGAAUGUUAACCGCCACCACGUGUCUCUUUUAAGUUAGUAUCAUGUUAUCAAAUCAAUAUUACUAACAAAAUUGCUAAUAGAAAGUUAACAUUUGGCUAAUUAUUUGCAUUUUGAAAGUUUUGGCUAAUGAUAAGAUAAUAAAUAAAGACAAAAGUUUAUUGAUUUUCUAUGUGGACGCUAACGUAGACGCUGUGGUGGACCAUCAUUAAGAAAUAGUAUACGUUAAGAGACCAAAAACUAAUACUUUGACGCGUUACAAAAUGUUUGGCUAAUUAUUUAUAUUUCGAUAAUUUUGACUAAUAUUUUAAAAUACGCGAAAGUUUUGACUAUUAUUAAGUAUUUAUCAAUAAAAAUCAAGGUUGUUAACCCACAGGUCGACCAGUCGGUCCGCUGCAAGAUUUUCAAUUUUGAUUUUUUCAUUAUCCGAAUUAAAUUGAUCUAAAACGGUCAAAGCAUUAACCCUUGACCGACUUACUUGAUCCGACCAACGAGCUAAACCGAGUUGACAACCUCGAUAAAAACAGAAUACUAACGAACCGGAACGAUGACAAUGCCGUCACCGGGCGAUUUUACUCUCAGACUUGUACUAAUCACACGAUCCAGGCGAUUCCCUGAGGUAGGAUUUUGGCGGUGGUUUUCUCGCUGACAAUCUUGUCGAUACUAACCUUAUUGCUCGCUCCUCCGCCUCCAGGAAGAUGCAAACUUGGUUGCUUUUUAAGUAUUAGGCUGCUGGUUAGCAAAAUGAAUCAUCAAUAUGGUAAUUUCUAGUGACAUUCUUUUGUUCUACAUACAUUUUCGAUUCAAAUUAAGUCCAAACAUUGUUCAUGGGUUAAGAAUGAGUUCUAAGUAGCAAUCACAACCCACGUUCAUCGUUGACCUGAUAAUCAUGGAAUCGUUAGUCUCUCUAUGGGAACAGGUAUGAAUUCUCUGCAAGCCGGAUACUACAAGUGCUCUUUGGACUGAAACAUAGCUGGUCGAAUCCUGUGAUUUUGCAAAUCUUGUCGAGUAAUUCCUCCUACGUCAUCUCGCAGCUGACCCUAAUGGGAUUCGGUGUAGCUCCUUCGUAUCGAAACCCGUUCGGUUCAUUUGCCAUCCUCCCGUUCCAGUAACACACAUCAGAGUACCACCCUGUCUGCCGUGUCUGGAGGUCGACAUUUCUCUACAAGAACAAAAGGAGAAGAUAGGGAAAACUAUUAGCCCUACGAACUCUCUCGAAAUUCAACAGCUUUGAAGAUUGAAAUGAAGAAAAAAAAAACAGCUUUUCUUUUUAUACCAGAGCUCAUCUAUGGCGGAAAGGCGCGCGCUUUAGAAGCUGGGCAGGGCGGGGAAAUGAGAACCGCUAACUGCAAUAGCGAGUGACCGUUGGAGUAAUGUUUGACAUCGCUAGGGUUCUCUUCUUCUUUCUGAUUUAGCGGUUUCCAUAAAACGCAACCCUCGCAGACGUAAUACGGUAGUCUAUCUCUUCGGGGGGUUUCUUCUUGCUUCGUUCUCCUCCCUCCAAAGCGAAAACGGAAUUCUUUUCUCGUCCAUCAUCGUCGGCGCCCGACGGGGCUUUAUUCCCGAGUUUUCCCGUUGUUUGUACUAGUUGGAUGAAAGGAGCGACCUACUGAACGGGGAAGAGUAAUUUGUUUGUUUUUUUUUUUCGCGAUGACGGCGGCUGCGGCGGUGGCUGGUUCGUCUUUCGGCUUAGUGAACAGAGGCGGCGGCGGCGGCGGCGGGGCCAAGAAGGUACUGAUAACGGGAGUGAGCCGAGGACUGGGUAGAGCGCUGGCAGUGGAAUUGGCGAAGAGAGGGCAUACGGUAAUCGGGUGUUCCCGAACUCAAGAUAAGCUGAAUGCACUCAUCUCCGACCUCGCUUCCUCCGACCGCCACCUCCUCCUUAACGCCGACAUCAGGUCCGACAGUAGUGUGGCAGAGCUCGCUCGAGUGGUAAUGGAGAAGAAGGGGGUUCCUGACAUCAUAGUGAACAAUGCGGGAACUAUUAACCAGAACAACAAGAUAUGGGAGGUGCCGCAGGAGGAAUUUGAUGCUGUGAUUGAUACGAAUGUGAAAGGGGCGACGAAUGUGCUGCGGCAUUUCAUCCCUCUGAUGCUUCCCAACAAGCAAGGGAUUAUUGUCAACAUGUCCUCUGGAUGGGGAAGAUCCGGUGCUGCACUGGUUGCACCUUAUUGUGCAUCGAAGUGGGCGAUCGAAGGUUUGUCAAGAUCAGUGGCAAAAGAGUUGCCUGAUGGGAUGGCAAUCAUUGCACUCAAUCCAGGAGUGAUCCACACAGACAUGCUCUCCUCAUGCUUUGGCACUUCAGCUUCUCUUUACCAGGCUCCAGAUACAUGGGCAGUGAAGGCAGCUACCAUGAUUCUCAAUCUAACUGGUGCAGACAACGGUGCUUCUCUUACCGUGUGAAAAAAAUCAUGGUGCUACAGCUUGCUUGUUGAAGUUCUUAUAUUUAGCUCAGAAAGGUAGUCCAUGAUUUAGGCGAUUCU